AUGUCGACUUCGACACCAGAAGAACUGCUCAAGAACGCCGAGAAGAAAGCCUCGGCUUCGGGCGGCUGGUUUUCCUCCGCUACAUCGAAGCAGGAAGAAGCGGUGGAACUGUUCAAAGCGGCCGCCAACAAGUUCCGCAUUGCCAACCGCUUUGAAGAAGCAGGCAACGCCUACAUGCGCGCCGCCGAGACAGAGAUCAAGACGGGCGAAAAGGACUAUGCGGCCAACACGUUUUUCGAGGCGAACAAGUGCUUCCGCAUGAGUCGACCCGAGUUGGCCGUGGUAGCCUUGACGCGCGCGAGGGAGAUACUGAUCGAACGUGGUCGCUUCCGACAAGCAGCGGAUCGCGAAAAGGCGGUCGCCGAGCUGUAUAAGAACGAUGCAGCUGAUGCGGAGAAAGCGUUGGAAGCGUACGAGCAGGCGGCAGCGUGGUAUUUGCAGGAAGGCGCAAAUGCGACCGCCAGCGGAUGCUACAGGGAAGCGGCGCAGUUGGCAACCGACCUGGCGAGGUAUCCACAGGCAAUCGAGAGGUGGGAACAGGUGGCGAGCAUGUCGUUGGAAAGCAAUCUGACCAAGUACAGCGUCAAAGACUACUACCUGAACGCUGGCAUGUGCUACCUUGCUAUUCCCGACUACGUGGCUGCAGUUCGAGCGAUGCAGUUCUACGCCGAACAAGACACCAGCUUCCCCACCACCAUGGAAGGCCGCUUCCUCCACUCGCUCGUACAGGCCUGCGAAGAGGGUGACCUUCAAGCCUUCGACAGCCGCGUUCAGGAGUACGAUAGGACCAAAAAAAUCCAGGGCUGGCAAGCAUCACUGUUGCGUGCUGUCAGAAAAGCGGUUCAGGACGAACCUGACCUGUCCUAG